UGCGGCGGAUCAGCGCUGCGAUUGGUUCGGCGGGUGCCUCGCGGUUUCUAUUGGCAAAAGCGCCUCGAGCCCACUUUCCAAUGCCCAAAUCCAAGUCAAAGUCCUCGUUCGUUCGUCAGAUGUGUCUGCUCCUCGUUGCGUUUUGUCACCUCCGUUUCCAGUAAAACUAGACAAAGCAUGUCGGUGUUUUGUGACGUUCCGCUGUCCGCUCCUGUGGCCGUGUUCCAGUUAACGCAGGACUUCAACAACGACCCGUUUCCCACCAAGGUGAACCUCGGCGUGGGAGCCUACCGGACGGAUGACGGCCAGCCGUGGGUCCUGCCUGUGGUGAAAAAGGUGGAGAAGGUCAUCGUGCACGACAACCGGUUAAACCACGAGUACCUGCCCAUCCUCGGCCUGCCCGAGUUCAGAGCCGCGUCCUCCAGGCUCGUGCUGGGAGACAAGAGUCCCGCCAUCAUGGAGAGCAGGGUGGGGGCGGUUCAGUGUCUGGGUGGUACUGGUGCCUUGAAGAUUGGGGCGGAGUUUCUCCGUCGUUACUACAAUGGAAACAACAACACCAAAACUCCCGUAUACGUGUCUGCACCUACCUGGGAAAAUCACAAUGCUGUGUUCGCCAGUGCUGGGUUUGAGGACGUGCGCUCAUACAGGUACUGGGAUGCGGCGAAGCGGGGCCUUGAUAUGUCGGGUUUCCUUGGCGACCUGGAGAGCUGCCCCGAGCGCUCCAUCUUUGUCCUGCACGCCUGCGCCCACAACCCCACCGGCAUCGACCCCACCCAGGAGCAGUGGAGGCAGAUCGCCAGAGUCAUGAUGAGGAGGCAGCUGUUCGCGUUCUUCGACUCGGCGUACCAGGGUUUCGCCUCGGGGAACCUGGAGAGGGACGCCUGGGCCGUCCGCCAUUUUGUCUCCGCCGGCUUCGAGGUGUUCUGCGCCCAGUCGUUCUCCAAGAACUUCGGCCUUUACAACGAGCGGGUCGGCAACCUGACCGUCGUGGCCCGCGACGCCGACAGCCUGAGGCGCCUGAUGUCGCAGAUGGAGAAGAUCGCCAGGGUCACCUGGUCCAACCCGCCGUCCCAGGGAGCCCGCGUCGUGGCCCUCACGCUCAACUCGCCUCAGCUCUUCGACGAAUGGAAGGACAACGUGAAGACCAUGGCCGACAGGGUUCUGCUGAUGCGGGCUCAGCUGAAGGCCAAGCUUCACGCCCUGAGGACCCCGGGGACGUGGGACCACAUCACACAGCAGAUCGGCAUGUUCAGCUUCACAGGCCUCAACCCCAAGCAAGUGGAGUAUUUGGAGAAGGAGAAACACGUCUACCUAAUGGCCAGCGGGCGCAUCAACAUGUGCGGCUUGACCACCAAGAACAUCGACUACGUGGCCGCGUCCAUCCACGAGGCCGUGACCGUGGUCCAGUGAGGCCCGGCGCUGCUCGGAGGCCCGGGACCACGUGCGCGGGGACCCCGGUAAAGCAAAGUUCACCUGUAGGCGCCUGUCUGUUAUUAAUUCACCUGUGAUUCACGUUUUUAAGUUAGCUCACGUGGAAUGCGUUCCACAGUGGUGGAACCUAGAGUAGAACCACACACUGUGAUGCAAGAGCCUCUUAUCAGUGGCACAAACACACUUAUCAGCCUGUUUGCUACUGUAGCAAGACCCUGUUCCAUCAGGUCGUCUGCUGAGAUGAAGCAACCAACAAGGGGCUUUAAAUGCAGGUUCUAUAUGUUGGAGUGAAUAAGACUUUAUUACAGUGGAUGCAGUGCAAAUGAUUGUAAAGCAAGACGAGAAGCACACAAGUUGUUUAAUCAAUUUAUUAAUAUAUUACUAAUGUCCUGUUGUAGAACAUGGUCUGUCUCGUGAUAUCUUUGGGAAACUUUGUCUGCAUUUUGCUGUACAAAACUAACUUUUCCUGUCACGUCGCAAAUAUAAACCCCUGUAAGCGGAACGGGAGCGCUUUGAAAGCGUUCUGCUUCGCCAGAGCUUCUGAUUGACGCGAGCCCUCGCUCAGCCAGUUGUCAGAUCAAAGGACCUCCCACCGUGAAGAAAAGCUUAGCAGCAACAGCCUUAGUGCUUCCAGGCAGAAUGAAUAAAGUCUAUGUGUGUGUGUGUGUGUGUGUGUGUGUGUGUGUGUGUGUGUGUGUGUGCGCGCGCGCGCGUGUGUGUGUGUGCGUGCGUGUGUGUGUGCGUGUGUGUGUGUGUGUGUGUGUGCGUGCGUGCGUGUGUGUGUGUGUGUGUGUGUGUGUGUGUGUGUGUGUGUGUGUGUGUGUGUGUGUGUUCUUGCAUGGGGGGAGUUGACUUGACGUCAGUGUGCGUCAUUGCCUUCCUCUUUCAUAUCUCCCUUUGACUCCGUGUACCUGCCAGAGUUUCCCAAUAAUAGCGCAGUGGCCUGACUUUCUCUCUUCUUCUCGGAGUGAAUGGCUUUUAAAGGUGAGAUGGCAUUAGGUCGCAUGGCUUCUGUACAGGGCAGUUACUGCGGACUGGAGGCAUCCCGUCCAUGCGUCCUUGUACAUCGUCAUGCAUGAGGAAAAUAUUUGUACAAUGGAUAAGUCUACAGUAAAGAGCAGCAAAAACACACAUGCAAGUUGGAUCAAUACUGUCCAUCCAAUAAUAAUAUCCACUUGGAUCCUAAGACCUCUAGCUUAUUUUAGGUUGGUGUGAGCAGCUUUAGUGACUGGGGUGAAGUUCAUAGAAAGGUGGCAGGAGGUCAGAGACUCUGAUGAUGCUUCAAAUGCAAUAAUGCAAUAAUGAGAGGACGAGCAGGCGACUGCUGUUAAUGUGAUGAUGGUGUUUGACGCUAUAAUUCUGAGGUGAUGAUUCAAGUCGCUCACGUUACGCUCUUCACUGUGCAGUGACUUCUAUUGCUAUGUUUAAAUCACAUCAGACUCCGUAAACCUGAUAUUAUUGUUACAAACAUCCGGCAACAAGUUCCUGUUUUCUGUCUCAGACAUGCUUUUAAUCUGUGCAUAAGUCGCUGAGAGGCCAGUGAAUACAAUGUAAAGUCAUUCAAGUUAAGAUUUAAGUUAUGGCUUGUUUAAAUACCUUUUAUUUUCAUCUGAUAUAAAAACGCUAUAAAAUGUG